CUUAUAUCUAUCCACUAGAAGAUUUAAAAAAAAAAAAAACUAGAGUUAAGGAGUUGGGAUAAUAGUAGUGAAAGGGUUUUUAGUAAAACACUGAGCGAAAGCCCGAAAAUGGCUCGGGUAGUGAUUCAGGUGGAUCUGACAAAGAAACCAUGGGAGCAGGACCAACCACUGCAUAAUAGAUGGCAUCCUCAUAUACCAUCAGUUGCAGAGGUCAAGUCUGGUGAGUUUUUCAGGGUAGAGAUGGUGGAUUGGACUGGCGGUGCCAUCAAAGACGAUGGUUCUGCUUCUGACAUCAAAUACUUGGACCUUUCUACUGUUCAUUACCUCAGCGGACCGAUCAGAGUCGUGGAUGAAGAUGGUGUUCCAGCUAAGCCAGGGGAUCUUCUUGCAGUGGAAAUAUGCAACUUGGGUCCUCUCCCGGGCGACGAAUGGGGCUUCACUGCUACUUUUGACAGAGAGAAUGGCGGCGGCUUCUUGACCGAUCAUUUUCCAUCUGCAACCAAAGCCAUCUGGUACUUCCAAGGCAUCUAUGCCCACUCUCCUCAAAUUCCUGGAGUACGAUUUCCGGGGUUGACACACCCAGGGAUCAUCGGAACUGCACCAUCAAUAGAACUCUUAAAUAUAUGGAAUGAGAGGGAAAGACAACUAGAAGAAAAUGGUAUCCAGUCCCUAACACUAUGCGAGAUUCUGCAUCAACGUCCCUUGGCAAACCUACCAACAACUAAAGGAUGCCUCCUUGGAAAAAUUAAAGAAGGCGCCCAAGAAUGGGAAAGGAUUGCUAAGGAGGCCGCAAGGACUAUUCCCGGAAGAGAAAAUGGAGGAAACUGUGACAUCAAAAACCUCAGCAGAGGUUCUAAAAUAUACCUCCCAGUCUUCGUAGAAGGGGCUAACCUUAGCACAGGCGACAUGCAUUUCUCUCAGGGUGAUGGAGAAAUCUCAUUCUGUGGAGCAAUCGAGAUGAGUGGAUUUCUAGAACUGAAGUAUAUAUAUCACAUUCCCUACUUGCAGUUGUUCUCGCAUUUAUCCUUUAGCAGUAGCCUAGUUUCUUGUUUUACCUCUGAUAAAAUCUUGUCUUCCAUCUCAACAUAUAGGUGUGAAAUCAUAAGGAAUGGGAUGAAAGAGUACCUGACACCGAUGGGACCCACCCCUCUCCAUGUAAAUCCAAUCUUCGAGAUAGGACCAGUCGAACCAAGAUUCUCAGAGUGGCUGGUCUUCGAAGGCAUCAGUGUUGAUGAGAGUGGGAGGCAGCAUUACCUGGACGCGACAGUUGCUUACAAACGCGCAGUUCUCAACGCCAUCGACUACCUGUCCAAAUUCGGUUACUCGAAAGAACAGGCAUAUCUCUUGCUUUCAUGCUGUCCUUGUGAAGGAAGGAUAUCUGGGAUUGUUGAUUCUCCAAAUGCUGUUGCUACACUAGCAAUACCCACUGCCAUCUUUGACCAGGAUAUUCGGCCAAAGACCGACAAAGUUCUGAGAGGUCCCAGGCUGGCAAGGAAACCUGAUGUACUGAAGUGCACAUAUGAUGGAAAUUUGCCAAUUACAAAGAAUCCUAGCUCUUCGAGUAGCUCGUAGAAAGUUAGAAACAACAUAACGCAGAAGAAGCACACUUCAUCUCAUGACUGAAAAAAAAUAGUUGAAACUACAGUGUUUGGGUACUCUAAAUCAAGCAACUCAGGAUUCUGGAGGCAAUAAGAUAUUUUCCCUUAUUUA